AUGGCCGACUACGAGCGCCGGAACAAUGGCUACCGGGGUGGUGGUGGUGGUAGUGGUGGUGGCGGGGGCGCAAGCGCCGCUAUCGAGAAUGAUGAGGACUUUGAUCGCCGCCCCUCAGAGACGGAGAUACGAGGAGCCACUGCUGCUCGGAGAGUCGAGGAUGAUGUCGUGAUAAUUGCAAAGACUGUGGCUGAAAAUUAUGACGACGAAGAGCUGCGCGACACCUUGAUCAACAUUUCCUUGACCUCCCUAUUCGCGUACAACAACAAGCCGGAGCUGGGAACGGAGCUCUUGAACAAGGCGGCGUCGGCUCUCCAGAAAUACAUUGAUUCCGGAUCAUGGCGCGAGGUCAAGCUUCUCGUCCGGUUCCUGGGAUGUCUGCAGCCUCUUUUCGAGAGCGAUGGCAUCUUUACACUUUUGGAGGAGCUGUUUGCCCGCGCGGUUGAUCUCCAGACCGCAUCCUCGGAAGACUUGCUCGGUCUGGAGCUUGUCAAAAUUAUCCUCUUCACCAUUCCCUAUGUGAUGUCGUCCCCUGCUACUGGCUUCGAAUCUCAAGCUUCCGCACUUCUCGAAAAGACCGACAUCAUUGCCUCUACUCCCCACGCCCUUGUGGACUUGGUCAACAUUUCAGGCCAGCUUCAGGGUGAAGCUAGCAAAGGUUGGGAGUUGAAGUGUCUGCCCCGACCAUGGAAGGAUGUCCGGGAAUCAGAUGGGGACGAGCAAAAGCCUUUCGAGGCAGUGGCCAAGAUCGCCUUCCCGCAGAUCACUGUCCCCAACCCUGAGGUUGAUACCGUGCCUCCCGUCUCGGACAUCACCUCCUCGCUCUUGCGAGACGCCUUGGUGGAUACCCUCAACCUCCUCGACUUUAACCGCGUCGCAACGGCUAAGUACCUUAUCGACCUAUGGAAGCCCGAGGACAUGGCGGUGGAUGCGGUCUUUUCACAGCUGUUCCAGCUGCCUACGCCGGAACACAAGCUUGUGUACUAUCACUCCGUAUUGACCGAGUGCUGCAAGAUCGCCUCUGCAGCAAUUGCCCCGAGCUUGGGCCGUGCCAUUCGAUUCCUGUACAACAGCUUGGAGACCAUGGAUCUGGAACUGAGCAACCGGUUCUUGGAUUGGUUCGCCCACCACCUGAGCAACUUUGGUUUCACCUGGAAGUGGAGUGAAUGGAAGGACAAAGAGCUCGGGCAGCUCAUCCGCAAAAAGGCAACCGAUGAUGAACUCCAGCCCAUCAUUGCUGCCAUCGAAGAGCAAGCACAGGGCCUGGGUGUGGAAGACCCUAAGGUUCCUUCGACAGACGCCCUCGUUGCUUCCAUCUGCUUCGUGGGUUCCAAGUCUCUGUCCACGUCCUGUACCAUCGAGCGUAACAAGGACCGUCUGCUCGCCGUUGGUGCAGCCUCUGAGAAGGCCCGCUUGCAAAUAAUCACCUCGGUCAUGGUGUACUGGGCCGACCAGACGGGCAUUGCCAUCAACAUCAUCGACAAGCUGCUCAACUACACCAUUAUCAGCCCUAUGUCCGUUCUGGAGUGGGCUCUCAUUGACCACAUCGAGGCUGGCGCCAUCCUCUCCAAGCCCCACAUCUACGAGAUGAUCGCCGCCACCGUUGGCAAGGUCACCAACCGUAUGCGCCAGAUUGUGGCUGCUCGCACUCAGAAAGGCCUGUACGAGCCCCAGCUCAGUGUUCUUGAAGACACUCUGAUCCGCGAACGGGUCGAGAUGAGGAAUCUCUUCAAGUUCAUCGAGGACGCCGUUGUCUCCGUUGCCACCGGCAGCAACGACGAGCUCAUGGAGCGUGGCGAUGGAUCGGUUGAUAUGCCCGAACGCCAUCCUCCGCCAGCUGCCGUCGAGGACGCCUUCAUCUCUGAUGCGCUGGUCAAUGCCACCCCGGUUGGCACCAAUGCCCCCAUGCGCGAGGAUCCUGCGGAUACCGCGGCUGACGGGGACAUUCACAUUGCUGAUGCGGAUGGGCAAUAA